AGCCGGAGCAGAAAUGCGUCAUCUGGAACAUUGUUGUCAAGGAAGAGCCACCACAACACACAAAGCAAUGUGCGACACUGCUUGAGUCUUGAGCAGCGUGCAUUUUCUGCAUGACAUUGUUUUUUCUUUUUUUAAACCUCUCAACCGACUUGUGGUUCUAUAUAUUUGAAAGCGUCCUCAGGAAGCUUUGCAACAAAAAAUAUAGCCUCCCCGUCUCUUAAGAACAAUACAAACAGCUGGCAAUUGUAAUUUUUUUGCUGUUUGGAGGUGAACAUUUAAUAACCAAUGGGAUCAAUCUAGGAUUACUACCGACAUCAUAUCUUGAAAUCUCUCAAAGACAACCAUGGCCAAAAGUGCUUCGGUUCUCGGUGGGUUGAAUGAGAGCGUCUUUCCAGUGGAAUUAACAAGGCCUAUUUCAACAGCCGUUGCUGAAAGCACGACAUUCGAUGACAUAGACUACAGCCUUUUUCCAGAUGACGGCUUUGGGAUGUGUGUGUACGAGAAGCAUGGAGCUUCUUUUCUUCCAGCUAUCUACUGUAUAUUCUUCAUCCUGGGCUUUGUUGGCAACUCUUUGGUUGUCUGGGUCCUUGUCUGCGAGGUGCGACUUCGCAACAUGACGGACGUCUGCCUCCUGAACUUGGCCAUCGCUGACCUCCUGUUGGUCGGUUCCCUACCAUUCCUGGCCUACCAAGUUCAUGACCAGUGGAUAUUUGGGGACACUAUGUGCAAAGUGGUCCUGGGUGUUUACCACAUAGUUUUAUAUUCAGGCAUUUUUUUUAUCGUGGUAAUGAGCAUCGACAGGUAUUUAGCGAUCGUCCAUGCUGUUUACGCCAUGAGGGCACGCACGUGCUUCUUUGGGAUAAUUGCAGCAGGCGUCACAUGGGUAGCUGGAUUUUUGGCCUCUUUUCCUGAGCUCCUCUACCUAAAACAGCAGCCUGACCACAUAAACGCCACGUUCUGCUACGCUGUGUAUGAACCAUUCACUUCGGACAACUCCGAUAGUUACUGGCGUGUUUUUGGUCUCAUGAAAAUGAACAUUUUAGGAUUACUUAUUCCCAUGGUCAUCAUGUCCUUUUGCUACUUGCAAAUCAUCAGGCGGCUGCUUUCCUGCCAGUCGUCUAAAAGGCAGACCAUCCAGUUGGUGGUCAUUGUGGUGGCUGUUUUUUUCAUAUGCUGGGGGCCCUACAACAUAGUGGUGUUGUUCAAAGUGCUGGAACUCUUGCAAGUCUACACGGAGUGCAAAAGCAGCCAAGUCAUCCGAUUGGCCAUACAAAUCACAGAGGUCGUCGCCUACUUUCACAGCUGCCUCAACCCUGUGCUGUAUGUUUUUGUGGGGCGGAAGUUCAGGAGGCACCUGCUCAGGUUGAUCCACAGACUUCCAUGUGGUUUGUGCCAGCUUGUUAAGGUCUUCAUACCACAGCAACAGAGCAUCAGGUCCGAUAUCUCCCGAACCACCAGCUUGGGUGAGAGGAGCACUGCUGUGUGAAGUGAGGUCAUCAUUCAGUUUUGGAUCAUUUCAUUAUCUUCUUUUAUCUGAACACACAUUAAAAACAUUGAGAGAGCUCUUGUGAUGGAUUUAGAUGAUACAAGUGAUGUGCUUGUAUUAUCUAGUGAGCAAAUCUUGUAGAAGGCAACUUUGUAAUGUCAUUGUAUCUUUUUUCUAAAUUGCUUGGUGGAGCUGAAGGGUAACAUUUGUGCAAUUCUCAACCGCGGCAGGAAAUCAGUACAGUGACACCUUCAUACUUACAUGAGUUGUGCGCUAAGCCGUAUCAACACAAUUUCAGCUCCAUCUACGGGUUUACGCAAACAAAGGAAACCACAGCAUGCAAAACAAAAAAAGAAUGCUGUUAGUGUACUCAUAGUGUUUUGCAUACAUUGUACUGUUGAAGAUAAAAUACGCAACUCUCUCUUACCUGCAAAAUAAAAAAUAUAACAUUACAAAAUAGCAUUGGAGGAUUUAUCAAAAGAAACAGCUGUUGCUCUUUGAACGUUUAAUGGCAAAAAUAACACCACAAACUAAAAUAUUUACACUUACAUGUAACAUGUAAACACAGUUUUCUGUACAUAGGAAUAUACAUGCAAAAGUAAAAAUGAAGUCAUCAUACAACAUUCAAUUUGACAUUGCCGCAGUCAGUGUUGCGUAUUUCAAAUAUGAAACAGUCACUCUUUGAGGUUUACAUCCUGGCUGGAGGCAAAAUGCCUUCUGCCCCUCUCUGUACAUCUUUACAUCACAAGCAAGAGUGGGAUGAGGGGGUCACAAAGGCAAUUAAUUAACAUAUUUUGCUUAAUAGAGGCUUUUACAUAAUUAGAUGAAUAUUUUUUUAGGGAACCCAGACACACACAAAGAAAUAAAAAGGGCAUCUAUAAACAUUGUAGAACUCAGUAUGUUUCUUCAGAUUAGUUGACCUAACUCAUCCAAUGAAUUUUUUUUCAUUUGAUGCACCACAUCUUAACCGCCACUCUGGACUACUUACUAAACAGGAGGACAUGAAAGAAAAGGAAAUGUCUCCUAAGUGGAUUAGGCACCCCAUGCUAAGCUCAUGCUAUAUUGCUUAAGGAUACAAACAUAAAGCAAGCAAAGUCAAGUCCCGCCUUAACGCAGCAAUGAAAUCACCAAACAUUCUCAUGAAAUAAUAGUAAUAAAUAAAAUGUUAUGAAUGUAAACUCUUAAAUAUCUGGGUUCACUGUGCUCUCUAUAAGUUAACACGGAAAAUUAGAAUAAUACAGGAAAACAAAUAGAAAACUUUGGUAUUAUUAUGGAAACAAGCAAUGACAAAGGAAAAGCAUAAGUGCCUGACUUUUGAAUACAUACACAUUUUACAUUUUUGCCAAAGCUCUCAUUCAGCUGGGCUGUUGCAGAUAUUAGUACUGAACUUAAUACAAAAAGAGUUAACACAAUACAGACGUCUAUUGCAGUACCAGUUACGUACAUGCCUUUAUUUCCUUGAAAGACUACAGCUACAAAACAAUUCUUCAUAAAUAGUUGUUCAAGCUGCAACAUUGCACGUGGAGACCGACAUAAACUGAGUGCAUUUCUAAAUUAGUGCAUCAUCUCCGCAUCACGAAUAUGCCGUCAAUGAAAUAAAACUUUGUUCAGUGGCAAGAUUGUUCAUAAAUGACAAAUGAAAAAGCGAGAGUAAUUUAUUUACAAAUAAGGCAAAGAAGCUUUGCCUUGAACGUUUUAGUCAUUAGCUGAAACAACUCCAGCUUUGAUGCUGAAGGCAAGUACGAGGACAACACGCACUAUUGCACUCAAAGUGACCACAGCGGAAUACUUGGUCUGAUCUUCACGUUGCCAUGACAACAAGCGGACCUCACUGAUGAACGCCACUCGGUUUGUACAUGUUUGUUUUUAUUCUUUGACUUACUUACUGCUGUUGUAUUCCUCAAAGCUUACUCGCAUGUUUGUUCCCUAACUGUACAC